AGAGUAACAUCCAUCCACGUCUCGCAUCCGAGUCCGUCGCGGACAACACACCGAUCGUCGAUUUUGUCAUUGUGGCCACAUCUGGGUCGUGUACAUUCAAUCCUGAUUCCUGUCUGAACGAACACCGCGAGCUAGCUAGUGACUACACAACGCGCAAGCGGUUCGCCUUCAAUCUCACGGCAAGCAACGCUCUGAAGCAGCAGACGUUGAUUAAGCGAUAGUGCAAGUGUUCGAUCAUUCACGGCGGCUGCGAUGGACGAUCCGGUGGACAAGAUCGAGCGCAUCGAGGAGGAGAUUGCUGAUGCAGAGAGCAUCCCUGACAAGCUGACGGGCAAGGAUUCCGGGAAGGAGGAGAAGGACUCAGGCUCAGCAUCCGAGUGGCGUCCUGAUACUGAGAUUCUGUUCAGGCAACCCAUAUACUUAAGCGAUACGGGUCCGCGAUUCCCGCAAGAGCUGAUCGAGCGCAUCUGCGAAUUCCUCUGGGACGAACCGGUCCAGCUAGCGGUCAGCUGCACGCGCAUUUGCCCCGCUUGGUAUCAUGCUGCACGGCGACUUCUGCCAGCGCAUAACAUCACCUGGCGAACCCGAGAGGCCCUGCAAGACUAUGCGCAUACACUCACAUCCCAUCGUAAUGCGCCAUAUCGCAAACGGUUCCAACAAUUGUGGAUCUACGACAACGCCAGCAAGCCGUUCGCGCACGUUUGGCCGAUUUUCAUUCCUGUAUGGAUACUACCGGAACUGGAUUUCGUGCAUCUUGUUGACCUUGACUGGUCAACUAAGACACCGCACGAUAGCUUCUUCGUCUAUCUGUCUUCUUACACCAGCAUCUCAAGCCUACAGAUGUACGACUGCAGGUUUCGCAGUCUGCUGGAUCUUCGCAGGGUGAUCAAUGCCCUUCCCAGCCUUACGUGGCUGUAUUUUCGCAACGUAACACUACAGCACCCCCUCAGACCGGGAUCGGUCCCCGACCACAUCGCUCUCCGAGCCCGUUCACAUAGGCUCAAGUCUAUUGAUCUUUGCGGUUCCGGACAUGGCGGGCCAGAGUAUCCUGACGUGUCCUCGGACUACCAAGGAACAACGGCCCAAGCUCUGCUGCAUAUGGUAGCCGCAAACUCAUCCACUGUGACCCGCCUCGACCUUGACCUGCGAUUCUUUACUUCGGCCUCAGCUCUUUGGCAAUGGCUAGCGCCUUUUGGCCGCCUCACCUCAUUCACAGCACAGUACCAAUUUGCCUCGGGCCCCAUGAUCACACUCGAGGAGACAGUUCCUGCGCGUACGGAGAACACGUAUAUACACUCAUGGGAAAUCUUUGCCCUUAUGGACGUCCCCGAUCGAUCCGCGCUGCAGCUUCUGCAGCUGCUUGUUACCCCUAUAUGGUACAGCAAACUGCAUUAUUUCCGUAUCCAUCUUGCAGGCCCACCAUCUGCCGCACUUCUAUCAUGUACUAGCCGUGUGCUCCAUGCACUCGGACAUCGGCUCAGGAGUCUCGUGUGGAUGUGUUCGGCGGACCCAGAUGUCGAGGCCACUCCGUCACUCGCAGGGAAUACGUCUCUGCAAAGGGUAUACAUAUCCCUUCGGGACGUUGCCCCAUCGCCACAGAAGAUACACAGUGCUCUCACCGCCGUGCUAUCAGACAUCGUCAGCGUGGAUCUGCAGCACGUGUCGAUUUGGUUCACUCUAGCUCACCUCGAGCCUGAGGUGCUUUCACAAAAUCAUAGAUGGACGCCCGUGGCACCAGAUCCUGCCGAGUCCGUCUCUGCCUUUCACACCAUUCUCUCGCGCGAGAUAUUCAAUGCUUACGACAAGUUCGUAGAGGUUGUUUUCUGCGUCGAUAACAUACAGGACAAUCCCGCCCUGGUAGCCACGAUCAAAGCCUACAUGAUCAAUCUCUUUACGCCGUGGUUGGAUCGCGGAAUAGUGGAGUUGCGGUUCGCUUCAGCGGACGGUUAUUAUGAGCGUAUUACCUGUGUUCCCGCGUCUAUGCCCAGUGAGGACAAAUCAGACGAUCGCGGAGGCGAGGAUGUCGAAGAAAACGAAUCCGUAAGAACGGAACAGUAGAACGAAUCUCGCGAGGGAAUGGGAGAGACGGACACUGGCGUGAAGGGGUCGGGCAGACGCAGUUGGUCGCGCAGGACGUCGUACGAUCCAUGGUCGGAUAUUCAUGGACGGAUAUGAUUGUUAUUUACAAUGACAGGUUACGACGACACUCUUGAUCAAAAGCAUAGUCUUGAGGGGAUGAGCUUACCUUCGCGUCUCCUUCCGUGUUAUUCGCGCCGUUGCAUGUCCGGAUCAAAGCCAUUCAAUUGCAGAUAUUCGACAGAGG